AUGUUCGUGUUAAAAGAGGCGCACAGCUAUCAACCGAUCAUCACCUUGUUGCUGGCACGCUGCGCUGUAAGAAAUGGAGUACCAUGUGAAGAUCUGGUGGCAGAAGCAUUAUUUUCGGUGGACACGAGAGCGAAAUUUGCAAACAACACCGCAAGACGGUUUGAACAGAUCCCGGUGACAACUGUGGAAAGCGACUGGAAGCUGUUUAAGAGAAGCCUACUCGAGGCUACUGCCGAAUGCUGCGGAUAUAAACGGGUUGGCCUGCCGCCUGGA